UAAUAAGUAACCCAAAAAAACAAACCCAAUCAAUUCUCUACUUUCAUUAAAGCUUAGUUUUUAAGUAAGCAAUGUGUAAUGUGUGAGUGAGAUUGUGUGAGAGAGAAAAGAAGAAGAUAAGUGAGAGAGAAAAAUGAAGUUCUUGUUCCAGUGUCCAUGUUGCUCUUGCUUCUGCUUCAUGAAACCAAAGCCGGGCAAACCAAAAGCUGUUGGAGAUAUAAAACCAAAGGAAGAGAAGAAGAAAGAGGUGAAGAAAGAAGAGAUCAAGAAAGAGGAGAAGAAAGAAGAGAUCAAGAAAGAAGAGAAGAAGGAAGCCAAAGCAGAGAAGGCUGAGUGAAAAACUCUGCUUUGAGAAAAUGUAAUUAAUCAUCCCAUUUUUAUUUUUAAUCUCUAUGAUAUAUGAUGAUUAUGAAUGCUCAAGUAAUAAUUAUAACAUGUAAUUGUUAUGGUUUAGUAACCUUGUUUUUUUUUGCCAAUAUGGUUUAAUCUCUUAUAAUAUAUCAAUGUGGCUUGUUUGAAUUUACUCUUCUGAUCAACAUGUGGAAGAUUAUGAUUAUUGUUUA